AUGAGUGGCGACGCGCGGUUAUUCGACGAAAUGAGGCAACGGGGGAGCUGGGGCGAGGACGUGGGCGUACUUACUGGCUUGUUCAGCGACGUGACAUUGUUCUGA